UAAUGAAAUAUAUGUUGCAGGUAGAGAGCUUCAAUGAUAGAUUAUUCUGUUUGAUGAGGGAAAAUAACCAUUUGUGCAACAAUGACAAGUUAUAUCUGUACGUUACAAUAAAGCAAAGAGUUCAAUUCACAGCUUGCGGUUUCUAUGCUCUUGGCUACCCGUUAGUAACUUCGAUUAUAGCCACAGCUACAACCCACUUAGUAAUACUUGUUCAGUUCACAUCACCUUAAAAGAAAUGUCUUCUUCUUCUAUCUUGUUUAUUUUGUUUUUUAAAUAUAUAAAUGCAAAAAUAUUAGCUUUCUAAUCACUUAUUUAAAUUAAUGUUGCAUUCAAUAAAUAUAUUGUUGUAAUAUA